UACGAGUAUAUAUAAUAUAUAUGCAUGAAGAUGAUGGAGUUGUUGGGCCUGUUAUUAUUGGUGGUGUUAAAAAGUGGUGGAUCGGCGGUGGCCGCCGGCGGAAAUGGCGCCGGCGAUGUCCCGUUUGAUGAGAACUAUUCCGUUGAAUGGGGGAACGAUCAUGUCACGUCCUUCAACCAAGGACGACGAGUUCAACUUUCAUUGGAUAAAAACUCUGGAGCACGGUUUGGGUCGAAGUCAAUGUAUGGAUCAGGGUUUUUCGAGAUGAAAAUAAAGGUUCCGCACCAAGACUCUGCUGGAGUUGUCACUGCCUUUUACCUAAUAUCCAAUAAGCAAAACGGUCACGACGAGCUGGAUUUCGAGUUCUUGGGCAACCGCAAAGGCAAACCGAUUACCCUGCAGACUAACAUCUUUACAGAGGGCGUAGGGAACAGAGAGCAAAGAAUUGCUCUCAACUGGUUCGACCCCUCUGCAGAUUUCCACACUUACCAAAUCCUUUGGAACCAACACCAAAUUGUGUGAGUAAAAUAUGCACUUACUAUUUUGAAAAAACGAAUCAAAAACUCAAGCCUGUGGUGUGGGUUAAUGAAAUAUUGCAGAUUUUACGUGGACGAUACGCCAAUAAGAGUGUUCAAGAACA